AUGCUGCGGUGGAUCGACCGGCUGCUCAUCAAGACGAUGAAGACGCUCUGCGCGUACUCCAAGGGCGACCCCGGCUCGGUGGCGCUGCCGCCCGCCGCAGGCAUCGUCCCGGGGUUCGUCUUCCACUUGCGGCGCUCUCCGGUGCUCCGCACUUCCGGCGCGUCUCCCGACCGAACCACCUUCUUCCGCCUCCUCGCCUCCACCCUCGACACCUUCUCGUCGCUGCUGCUGGUGCAGCCCACGCUGCGCGGCUUCCGCGUCGGGUCCGGAGGCAGCGCCCCGCUUCCCCUCGAGCCAACCUCCGUCACGCCCGACCGGCUGCUUCUCCUCGACUCGUUCACGCAGCUCGUCGUGUGCAAGGGCGGCGCCCUCGCCCUCGCCGCCCGCAGUCCAGGCUCACCGCCGGCGGAGGAGGUCCAGCAGCUGACCGACGCGGUGGCGGCCGAGGCGGCGGCGCUUGGGGCGGCUCGCUUCCCGGCGCCGCUGCUGAUCGAGUGCGAGCAGGGCUCAUCCAAGGCGCGCUACCUGGCGCAGAAGGUGAACCCGGACGUGCCCCUCUCCGCCUUCCUGCAGGGGCUGUACCGCGCCAUCGUCGAGUGA